AUGUACCUAGGCAUUUUCCUCGAGCACGAUGCGUUGGACGCCUACACUGAAGCAUUUACAAGCGUCACGGACGUCGAUGAUGAUGACCAGUAUGUCCUCGCUAUGCUGGGCCUGGCUUUCGUACCGAUUAACAACUGUGAUUAUUUGGAGGAAGACAUCUACAUGAUGGUCAAGAGAUGCACAUGGUCCGUCGCAUCCCUACAUCUCCGCAUGAUGGAAAUGGAACGGAUGCUAAAGAGCUUACCAGAGGGUGCUCUUGACAUUGACGAGCCCACUCAGAUACGGUACUUUAAUCGAGCCAUGCCAAGCGAGUGGAAAUAUGCCUACGAGAUGAGUGGGAUGGACCUGCUCUCAAUGGAGCAAUCGGUUCAGUACUUUCUACGACUAGAAGCGUCUGAAUUUUGUCAGAUACACGAGAGACGCCCUCGCAACGGUAACGCAACAUCUAUCAAGGUCCCUCGUCAAGUCAACAAAUGUUCAAGGUACACGAAUCGAUAA